AUGUUUUCUCGUGAAGGCCUCACCCUCGACGUCGUGGCCGGAGCAGUACGGAACUGGAUCCUCACUCCGACGACAACGCUCCCGCUGGCCUUGGGCCUGACAUGGGAACCGCUCUUUGCUCGACUGGCCCAACGGAGCUCGCGCGACCGGGCAGCAGCCAUCCGCUCUCGAGUCUACUGGCUCGCCGCCGCAAGUCUCGCCCUCGCCCUCAACGACCAGCUCAACAAGCAAAGCGCCAACAACUGGGUCGUCGACUCCCGGUGGAACUGGGACGAUGAGAUUAUCGUUGUCACGGGGGGGAGCAGCGGCAUCGGCGCAAGCAUCUGCCAGAAACUCGUCGCCAGGAACCCUCGCACGCGCAUCGUCGUUCUCGACUACGUUCCGCUGUCGUGGACGCCGCCGCCUGGCGCGAGACUGCACUUCUACGAGUGCGACUUGAGCGAUGCCUACGCCAUCAAGCUUGUAUGCGACCGCGUCAAGGCCGAGGUCGGCCAUCCUACCGUCCUCUUCAACAAUGCCGGCUUGGCCCGGGGGUCGACCGUCAUGGAAGGGACGUCCAACGACGUGCAGCUCACCAUCAAGACGAAUCUGAUUGCGCCGUUUCUCCUGGUCAGGGAAUUUCUGCCGGAAAUGGUGCGCAGGGACCAUGGCCACAUCUUGAAUACGGGCUCCCUGAGUUCCGUCGUCUCGGCCCCUACCAUUGUCGAUUACUCUGCUUCCAAGGCUGGCUUGACGGCUUUACACGAGGGCCUGCAACUGGAGCUCAAGAGCCUGCAUAAAGCCCCUAGGGUGCGUCUUACGCUGGGAAUAUUCAGCUUCAUCCGCACGCCUCUUUUUACCGGCAAGACGAAUGAAUCCAAUUUCGUGGCCCCGCUGCUAAACGUGGAAACCGUGAGCGACAAGCUCGUGGAUGCGGCGUACAGCGGCUACGGCGGCACCAUCUAUCUGCCGGGCAUAUGCAGAUACAUCACUAGCUUGAAAGGGGGCCCAGAAUGGCUCUUCCGGCGUAUUCGGGAGCGCUCGCUGCGGGGUGACUAUGAUUUCGAGAGACAGAAGAGCCGCUAUGACCAGGAGACUGGGAAGGGCACUUGA